AUGGACUCUGGCUUUGGUCGUGACACAUUCUGGUUUCAUCUGUUCUAUAUCCUUAUGUCGAUCAUGACUCUUUUCAGCAAUGUCAUCUCCGAUCCAUCUGCAUUCGAGUGUAUUAGCGAUGUUCGAUUAAUGGAGCACACCGCAGAAUCCAUCAAUCUCGCCGCAGGCAGUCAUCCGGAGCUUGGGACUCCAGAAGAAAUACAUUCUGUGACAGAAUUUGUAUCCCAGUUGAGUCGUUUAGGAAGGGCUGCUAUCAAGCGCCACGCAAACGCUUCAUGA